AUGUUGGUAUGUAUUCGAGUGAACAUGAGGGCCCCAAUAAAGAAAUCUCGGAAGAAGGUGGUAAAUUUAGAAGACGUAAUCAGGACGAAGCCCUUUCCACAUAUCUCCACGGUAUCAUCCUUAUAUACAGGUAUUCCAGAUGAUCCAUCUCCUCCUGAUGUACUUCCUACAGUGCCCGAAGUUCCUGAGGAGCCUGAAGAGGACGAGGAGGACGAGGAGGACGAGGAGGAGGACGAGGAGGACGAGGAGGAGGACGAGGACGAGGAAGACCCUACCUGCUGUCCAAACAUUUCGCAUGAGAAGGUAGGGGGUAUAAACCUAUAG